AUGGAAAAUGAGACAGCGCUGCAUACCAUUUUCAGUACUAACAACCGCUGCGGAUCGGCGGACGCGGAAGCUGACUAUGGAGGCCUCCUCGUCCUGCUCUUGCAGACGGUCAUUAUCAUCACUCUCUCACACAUCCUGCACAUGCUCCUUAAACGCGUCGGGCAGCCCAGUCCCAUCUCUCAGAUGCUGGUAAUACCUCUCUCCCUCUCUCUCUCUCUCUCUUUCUCUCGUCAUUCUGAGUUGAGAUCUAUCGCUCAACCUGCCAGGCGGGGAUAAUUAUGGGGCCGACAUUGUUAGCGAGACUAAAGCCAGUGGAAGAUCUUCUGUUCUUGGGGAACAAGAACAGGGACUACAUUUCGAGCACCGCCACGAUGGGACGGCAGAUCUUCAUGUUCCUCAUAGGGCUGGAGAUGGACAUCCAAUACCUCUUCCGCAGCAGCCGCAACGCCGCCGUCCUCGCCUACGGUGGCGCCCUCGUUUCUGCCUCCGUGGCCGCCGUCUUCUCUCCGCUGAUCUACUGGCUCCUGAGAAUCGAGAGGAACUUCAGUACCUUCGUCCUAACCCUCAUGGCCAUCUUCUCAAACACCGCCUCCCCCAUCCUCGUCCGCAUGACGGCCGAGCUCAAGCUCACCACCACCGAGAUUGGCCGCCUCGCCAUCUCAGCCGCCCUCAUCAACGACAUGAGUUGUCUGGUGAUCAUCGCCGUGGUCACCACCGUCGCCGUCACUGAUAACGGCUUCUACCAGCAGAAGGUCCUGCGCGCGACCGGCGCCGCCGGGCUGAUGGCCAUUGCAUUUCUCAUCAUCCGCCCGCUGGUGCGCUGGAUCAACCGGCGCAACAGGCUGCGGCGGCACAUCAAGUUCUUCGAGUUCAUCUCUCUCCUCCUCUUCGUCAUGGUCAUCUCCUCCGCUACCGAGGUGGUGGGCUACAACGCCAUGAUGGCGUGCUUCCUCAUGGGGCUACUCUUCCCCAGGGAAGGCAGCACAGCGAGGACCCUCAUCGAGUGGCUCACCUAUCCCGUCCACAACUUCAUCCUCCCCAUCUACUUCGGCUACACCGGCAUGCAGACCGACCUGACCAUCGUUCACGGCUGGUUCCUCUGGGGCGUCGUCACCGUGGUGGUCAUGAGCACCAUCGGCAAGAUAGCCGGAACCGUCGCCGCCGCUCGUCACCUGAAGAUCCCCUUCCACGAGGGCCUCGUCCUCGGCUUCCUCCUCAACGUCAAGGGCCACGUCGACCUCAUCGUUAUCGCCCUGGCCAUGAAACACAACGUAAAAAGAUCAAACCCUGAUUGCCCCCCUUCUCCCCCUCUAUCCCCAUGCGAAGAAUUCGAUCUAAUCCCAAUGGGGCCGACGGCAGCUGCUGUCGGUGGACGCUUUCAUGGCUCUUAUCUCGACGGUGGUGCUGAACACGCUGAUAACGGGGCCGGCGGUGGCGUUGGUGGUGCGACGGGAGAGGAAGAUGAACAAGUACCGCUCCAAGGGGCUGGAAUGGGAGAAGCCGGAAACGCAGCUGCGGAUGGUGGCCUGCGUACACGGCACCCGCGACCUCCCCGCCGUCCUCAGCCUGAUCGAGAUGUCCAGCGGCACCGAGAAGGCGUCCAUCGCCGCCUACGUGCUGCAGCUGGUGGAGCUCACAGCGAAGACGACCAGUGCCAAGCUCUACCACCAGCAGGAGGACGACGAGUAAUGUUUAUGAGACAAGCCAGACCCGAGCUAUAUAUAUCCGCGGCGACCUGGUUCACUCGAGGGUCAACGGCGUGGUUCUUCCCCCGCAGGUACGAAGAUGACGACGGCGCCGACGAGGCCAGGCAGAUCAACGCGGCGGUGGACGCCUUCACCCAAGAGACCGGGAUCACCAUCCGGCAAGUCACCGCCGUCUCGGCCUUCGCCAACAUGCACGAGGACAUCUGCAAUGGUGCCAAGGACGUACGAGCCUCCCUCGUCGUCCUCCCCUUCCACAAGUUCCAGCGGGUAGACGGGAAGAUGAUAACCAAGAAGCACGGGCUGAGAUCGGUCAACGCGAAGACGCUCUCCCGCGCACCCUGCACGGUCGGCAUCCUCGUUGACCGUGAGGGGCCGGCGGCGGCGGCGGCCAGGGUGUCGGCGGCACCGCUUGAGGGCCACCAGGUAGUAGCUCUCUUCUUCGGCGGCCCCGAUGACCGGGAGGCGGUGGCCUACGGCGGUCGCAUGGCCGUGCACCCGCUCGUGAGCCUCACCGUGGUCAGGUUCCUGCCGGCAUCCCGCGCCAGCUACGACGCAGAGGUGGAGAUGGAGGCCUCUAAGGGCGAGGAGGUCCUCAUAGCCAUCAACAACCACGAGAAGGAGAGCGAAGCCGACGAGGCCUUCCUCUCAGAAUUCUACACCAGGUGGGAGAACACCCGUUGCUACUCUGUCCCCUUCCCUGUCGGAGCCUUUACGGGAGAUCUUCGUCCAUCCGUCUUAGGUUCGUCGUGCCGGGGACGGUGAGCUUCGUGGAGAAGACGGUGGCGAACUCGCUGGAAACAUUAGACGCGCUGCGGGGGAUGGAAGGCAUGUACGCGCUGUACCUGGUGGGGCGUGGCGGCCGGCGGCUAUCGCCGUUCCUCAUGGGGCUCAACGACUGGGAGGAGUGCCCGGAGCUCGGGCCCAUUGGUGACCUUCUGGCCUCCUCCGACUUCCCCGUCCAUGGCUCCGUCCUGGUGCUGCAGCAGAACGGCACCACGAAGAAGAAGAAGGGGACUAGGGACGAAGACGAGUUCGCCAUCUUUUAG